CGCGGCUGCUCUGGGGCAGGACAGCCAUGUCCACGGGCAAGAUCUGCUGCCUGGUGCUGCUGUCCCUGGCCGUGCUGGCGGUGGCCGUGACGCUCGUGGUCAUCCUGAGCCAGCCCCGGUGCGCUGCCCAGCAGUACCGGCACGGCGCCGUGGCUGCCGACACCGAGACAUGCUCCCUCAUCGGCCGGGACAUCCUGAAAAGUGGAGGCUCAGCUGUGGAUGCUGCCAUUGCAGGCUUGAUCUGCACUUCAGUGAUGAACCCCCAGAGCUCAGGCCUGGGUGGUGGGGUCGUUUUUACCAUCUAUAAUGCCAGCACAGGGGCAGUGGAGGUGAUCAAUGCCCGUGAGACAGUCCCACGAGUGUUUCCUCUCAACCUCUUGUCUGGCUGUGGUGUUGGCUUCCCCAUUGGUCCCCGCUGGAUUGGUGUCCCUGGAGAGCUCCAGGGUUAUGAGGAAGCCCACAGGCGCCACGGCCGCCUGCCAUGGAAAGCCCUGUUUGAGCCAACCAUCAAGCUGCUUUCAGAGCCACUGGUCAUUUCUCCAGUUCUGGAAAAAAUUCUCCAUCACCCAGCCUUCUCUGGACCAGGGAAAAGCCUGUGCCCGCUGCUGUGUGCUGGUGGCAGAUUCCUGAAGCUCGGCGAGUCAUUCCGGUGGCCAGCGCUGCAGCGGACGCUGCGGGCCGUGGCGGAACACGGAGCUGCUGCGUUCUAUGAGGGGGAGAUUGGGAGGGCCCUGGUGGAGGACGUCAGCAAGGCUGGGUCCAGUCUCUCACUGGAGGACCUUCGAGCGUACAAAGCACAGCUGUCCUCAGCUCUGAACAUCACCCUGAACAACCACACCAAAGUGUUUGCUCCAGGACCACCCAUGGGAGGUGCAGUGCUCAUGUUCAUCCUCAAGGUAUUGGAAGAGUAUAAAUUCCACAAAGAAUCACUGGCAACACCUGAGGAGAAGGUAGAAACCUAUCACUACAUUGCAGAGGCCCUGAAGUUUGGCAACAUGCUGAGACCCCACAUGAGUGACCCAGCCUUCUCUGAAGCCCAGGUGCCUGUGGAGACCCUGCUGUCUGAGCAGUUUGCUGAGUCUGCCAGGCAGAGGAUAGAUGCUCGUGGUGACCACCAGCUGAGCCACUACAGCCUGCUGGAGCCCCUCCUCAGGGAGCAGCACAGGAGCCUGGGCACGAGCCACAUCUCCGUGCUGGCUGCAGACGGCAGCGCCGUGUCGGCCACCAGCACCAUCAACUACCCGUUUGGCUCCCUUGUGUAUUCCAACCAAACUGGGAUCAUUUUAAAUAAUGAACUUGCUGACUUCUGCAUAGCAAACAGAAGCAUUAAACCAGGAGAGAAGCCUCCCUCAGCAAUGGUGCCUUCCAUCCUCCUCUCCAAGUCAGGGGACAUGCUGGUGAUUGGAGGAGCUGGGGGGAGCUGGAUUAUCAGUGCCACCACCAUGGCAAUUAUAAACAAGCUGUGGUUUGGUUAUGAUUUGGAACACGCCAUCUCAGCUCCUGUCAUGCACACCCAGGGGGACCGUGUCCUGUUUGAGGACUCUUUCAGCAAGGAGGUUAAGACUGGCCUGCUGGGAAGAGGACAUAAAGAGAAGCAAGAUAAACUUGCAAUGAAUGUUGUACAGGGAAUUUCCAAGGAAGGAAAGUGCAUCUCUGCUUUCUCUGAUAAAAGGAAGCUGGGGAAGUCGGCUGGGUAUUAGUGUGAAAUGCCUUCACCAUCCACAAAGCCACAGGAGAUCCAGAACAUGCUUUGCUUGGAUUUGCCCAUAAUUCCCAUCAGGAUGUCUCCUGGAGCAUGGGCACAGCCUGGGAUUGCCUGCAGGUCACCCCAGGCAAUACAAGGAGAGGUCAGCCAGCCUUGUUUAGAGCUACACCUUUCAUUAUGUGAUGCACAGAGAACACAUUUCUUGAGCACAUCAGUUACUCAGAAUGAGAGAAUACAAAGUGUGGAAGGAAAACUGGUCCAAACCCCACUGAGAUCACUGUGAAGUGGCCCAGCUGCAUCUUCCAUUCCUGAUGGAAUCUCAGUUUCUUUCAGGCUGUUCCACAAUAAGCCUAUUGCUGGGGCGCAGCAAUGUGAAAUACAGAAGUAUUUUAGCCAUGAACAAGGAGCAUCUGUAGGGUCAGGAUUUUAAAAUCUGAAGCAUUCAGGCUUAGAGCAUGGAUUUGGAGAGGGAAGAUAUCAAAAUUCCACACUCUCCCUCUGCUUUCCCAUCCAAAGAAGCCCAGCUUUCCCCAAGUGGCCAAUGAAAUCACAGCAUGGCACAAGUGCUGCCCUGCCUGCUGCUCUCUGCCUUGGGGUGCAAAGCUCUCCCAAGCACAAGCUCAGGGUGACUGCACCAACACUUCCUCCGGCCUGCACACUGUGAGAGAGCCUCCCAUGGGGGCAGGUGUGAUUUCCCUGCUCCUGGGACCAACAGCUUCAGCUGAGCUCCCUGGAGGUGCCUCUCCCUGUGGUGAGAUGUGUCUGUGCCAG